AAAAUAACAAUUAUAUUAAUGCACCUAAGAAAUAAUAAAUGUAAUAAAAGUAACAGUUUUUUCUGUAACAUCUUUCAAAGAAAAAAAAUCACUAAGUGCUUUACAAUGAGACACAAAACAAUAUAACAUAAUACAAUAAAAAAUUUAAAAGGAUAGACAAACAAUAAUACACUUUAAAUUAAGAUAUUAACCAAGAAUUAGUCUGAACCAGAGAGGAAUGAGGAGAGUAGACCUGAGAACAGGGAGAUGCAGGGUGGAAUGGAUGAAGUGUCGGGUGUGAUGAAAAGGUCUCGGCAAGAAUGAGACAAUCUAUGGUCAUGAGCUUUGGGUAAUGACGUAUAAAGACCAAGAUCACGAGUACAGACAUGAGUUUUCUCCUCAAGGUGGUGGGACUGAGCUUUAGAGAUGGGCUCAAGAGAUCAGAUGUCCAGGAGAGACUCUCAGUAGAACCACAACUCCUCAUCGAGAGGUUGAGGUGAGGUGUUUCGGGCAUUUGGUUAGGACGCCUGCUGGACGUCUCAGGUGAUUCUGGUAUGUCCUGCUAGUCAAAGCCUUGUGGGUCGACCCACGACACACUGGAGGAACUAUCUCUCUGGCUGGUCUCAUAGGCCUUCUCCAUGGGCACUACUCAGCGUGACUUGGUUGGGUGCGAUUCAGCUGGCCUUUUCCAACAGCACAGUUGGGUAUUUCCCCCCAAAGUUUCCCUGUACCUUUCAGCCCCUGCAAUGUUGUGGUUCCUAGUGCAUGACCCGGCCGGAAUCACAGCUGUCGGUCACUGAUUGACUAGGGCGUGGAGUCCAGUGGCGGCUCGUCCGUAGGGAGUCUAAGUCACAUCAAUCUACUUAAGGGCCAUGGGUCCCCAGAAGAAUGUUAAAAUGAAAACAGCUCAAUGGGGCUAAAAGAGCUAUUUUCUAAUUUUGCUUGUUAUGCGCCAUGGAUUUCACAUAUGAUGGCUGUGGAUUUUAAAGACAUACUUUGAUGCCAAGAACCUUUUCAAACAAGGUGACACAUUAUUUUAGAUAUUGGAUGAUGAAAAUAUGUCCAGGACAACAAAUGCACAUCAGCAAAGUGACGUAAUCGAAGCAGACAGAGAAAAUCAGAGGAAAAAUAGCUGUAAGUUAGGGAUGCAACGAUACCACUUUUUUCCAAAGCGACACGAUACUGAUACUUGGAUCUGAGUACUCGCCGAUACAGAUUACCGAUACAGAUACUUCUACCAUACAAAAAAAAUGCAAUGAAUUGGAAUACAGGUUUUAUUUUCUUCUCUGUUUUCAAUAGGAAAAGACUGUGAGGUAGAUAAAAAGUAAAAUAUGUUAAUAUAAAUGAUCACAAAACUAAAAUAUUAGGUUGACAAGUUACAGUGAAGCCACUUUCAAGCAUCUGCAUUGGUAUCAGUUACUGGUAUAUGUUAACUUUGACAGAUACCGAUACUGGUAUCGGCAUCGGCACCGAUGCAUCCCUAAAGUUCAAUAGCUACGCUAGGGGAGAGGAGAUUCUGUGGUGAUGUCAUAUAUGUGACCUUCCUACCUCUGAUUUGUAGUCAUGCUAAUUGCAACAUUUUACAAGCUGAUUAAUCUCAAAGUAUGUUACUGGCGUGGUCAGAACACACAUCAUUACUUUCAAUUUAAAUUGCAGUACAACAUAUGUGUGAUCUAGGGCGUAAGGCAAAGCGGAGAAAAGGUACUUUAUUGGUGUAAAGAGGAGAGUUUAAAUGGCUGCUUCUGUGGAUAUUGCAUUGUUUUUCACUAAGUGUAUUUAGCAUUUUUCAGCCUUUUUGUUUAGCGGCAGUGGGUGUUGUUGAGGUAGAAAAUGUGGAUUCUAUCAUAAGAAUGGUAAUUAGGCGCCCCUUAAUGGUGAUAUAUGGUUAGUGCAUCCCACCACAGCUGCCACUGGUUGUUCCGGAGCUUUCUGGUUGCAGCCACUUCCUGGUGAAGAGUCUGACAAAAAGCCACAAAUCUGAGUCGAAUGUUCAACAUCACCACCAUCUUUGUGCCGAGUUGUGUUUCUCUGCAUCACCUCGAGAUAUUUGUACCUCAAGGAAAGAUGCCCCCCCCUUCCCCCAGUGCAUUAUGAGGGGAGCUCCCACUUUUUGUCACGGAGCAGGAAGUGAAACCAACCACGAUGAGGUGAGCUGAGCUAACCCACGCUGUACCGAGCUGUUUUAGGCUGAGUAGCGCUGUUGGGAAAAUGGCCUAAUUUGAGACUGAUGACUUUAGUUUACUUUUGUUUCCUCAGGUAUCAGUUACCACAUAAGCAGGUGUUGGGAUUUUAUCAGGAUCCUUACCUCUCUGACUGCUCAUCAGGUCUCUCUGAUAUCAUUGUGGAUGGGGUCCUUCAGGGAUUCUACCCCCAAAACCUUAGGGUCAGUUUCGGGGCUCCCACGCUCCUCCAACAUGACCCCACACUUCCAGCUGAGGCCUGAGGAACUGGACCCGUGCCUUGAAGGCAGAAUUAUGAAUAAUAAGCCAAUAAAAUAGAGCCACUUCUCAAAGAAGCAGAAAAACCCAGGCUCACCAGGCUGUGCUGUAAUCAUGCUGCACAAGCUCUGCUUUCAGCUCAUUUCAGAGUUUGAACGUUUUUAAUAAUUCAGCUUCUACCUGUGUUGCAAAUCUUUAGUAUGGGCCCACAAAAUGUCUGUUAAUCAUUUCUGCAGCAACUGAGUGAGAAAGAUGACAAUUUAUUAGAAGAUGUGCUAGAUUUGAGCUCUUAGCUGUUUCUGUGUGAACAUGUUUACAGUCCAAGUAAACGUGUGACCUAAAAGGUGUUUGCUUUGGGCGUCUCAGUGAGGAAAUUCAUCAAGCACAGAUGCAACGCACAAUGCCUGAUCACUUGACUGUAGACUUGUAUACUAAUAUGAUUAUGUAAAACCAGUUUUAGUUUUGAUACUUUAGUGUUUUUCCUCUUUUGUAUGAUUUUUAUAUUGAGGUUUUAAUAAAAGAACAAAACCGACUCCACCUUGGUUCAGUUCAGAGUGAACAACACAGCACAGUGCACAUUCAACGUCGUCCCCACAAUACCCUUUUAUAAAGUCGAUCUACUCCAAAUAAAGAAUUCCAUUAAAUAAAAGCAAUCUACAACAAAAGCAUUACAGAUUAAGAACAGUUAAAUACUUUACAGAGCAAACACAGACCAUCUCGAAUGUCUACUGCAGAUUUGUAGCUUUUAUAGCCAUAGAUGCAGAUGAACGUUUGUAACUAUUGCAUCUAAUAGGAGGUAGCCUGUGCCUUAAAUCUGAAGGGAAGAGGACAAACUCAUCUAACAGGAUGGUUCCUUCUGGUUAAAAUGAUGUUUGCCUUCCUGACUAGUUGUCAGUGCCAGAGUAUCUGGAGAACGGGACAGUGUGUGUCCUCGCUUGACACAAACAGAUCCACCAUUGCCCUGCUGAAUCUCAGCCACAUCUGGGACACCACCUCAAGGUGAAGUCUCCAUUCCCUUGACGGGUCGAGAGCAAGUCUGUCCUGUGAUUCAGGCAACCGGGGACAUAAACUGUUGUGGGAGACAGAAGAUUGGGAUUCCACCAAUGUGGCAAUGUAUCUGUCAGAUUCAGUAGAGGAGGAUGGCGUGUUCCUCCCUGUUUAUAUAUGACACCACCGUUGUGGUAGCACAUGCUGCCCUCAUAGGCAAUGACUGAAAUGCCUCAAGGCCAGACAUACGGUUGACACUUCCAGGUAGUUUAUGUGGAACCCCGAUUGAAUCGGGGACCAUACCCACUCACCGCCAUCCCCUUGCAUAGAGCUCCCCAUCCUUUGAGGGAAGCGUCUGUGGUCACUACCAUGCGUUCGGACACCCUUCCAAUUGGAGAACCCUAAUAAAACAACCCUGGAGAACAGCCGUUAUGCAGGCCCUGGUGACAACUUCUGGAGAAGAGGACAUGAGGGACAAAGACGGUGAGAGCAGACCCAACGCUAACAGGCAGAGAGUAACUAUGACUAUAGAGGAAGCCGUCAUGCCCAACAGCUGUAAGACUGUGCGGAGUGUCAGUUUGGCUCCCGGCCAGAAGUGGGCCAUGCAGCUGCAGAGUGCUGUUAUCCAGUGGUCUGAGAGGCGCACCCUGCUCGACCAAGAGCAUAUUUCUAGUCCUAGGAAGGACAAACUCUGGCUUGGAACCAGGGAGCUCUUUUUGUGAUUUUCGGAGAAACCCAGGGCUUGAAUGUGAGGAAAAAACCCUAGGAGAGGAGAGCCUCCGUCUGCAUGCGAGAACUCUCUACCAGAGCCCAGUCAUCCAAGUAGGCAAAGACAUGUUUCCCUUCUCUCUGAGAGGUGUCAACACAGCUUCCACACAUUUAGAAAAGGUGCAAGGAGCUAGAGCAUGUCCAAAAGGGAGAACCAUAUACUUGUAGGCUCUCCCCUCGAACGUGUACUCUCACCAUUCCUUUUCACCCUGUACACCUCAGACUUCCAGUACAAAUCAGAGAGCUGUCAUCUACAGAAAUACUCAGAUGAACCUGCAGUUGUCGGGUGUAUCAGAGAUGGACAGGAAGCUGAGUACAGAGCGCUGGUGGAGCGCGUUGUGGCAUGGUGUGGAAACAAUCAUCUGACCUUGAACGUGAACAAAACAAAGGAGAUGAUUUUAGACUUCAGAAGAAACAGGGUGGAGUCAAACACUGUUUCCUUCAUGGGAGAAGAAGUGGAGGUGGUUGAGGAAUACAAAUACCUUGGAGUUCACCUGGACAACAGACUGGACUGGAGAAAGAACAGCAAAGCCGUUUACAAGAAGGGACACAGCAGACUGCACUUCUUGAGGACGCUUAGGUUCUUCAAUGUCUGUUGCAAGAUGCUGCAGAUCUUCUACAAGUCUGUUGUUGAGAGUGUAAUCUCUUCAGCCAUCGUCUGUUGGGGUAGCAGUAUCAGAAGCAGGGACCUGAAAAGGCUCAACAGCCUAAUAAAAAAGGCUGGUUCUGUUCUGGGGACGACUGUGGAACCGCUGGAGGAGAUAAUGCAAAGAAGGAUUCUCCAGAGAAUCAAGAAAAGGAUGGACAACCCUGAGCAUUCUCUUCACAAGACUGUCCGACAACGGAAGAGUGUCUUCAGCCAGAGGCUUCUUCAGUUUGGCUGCAACACUGACCGCUACUGGAGAACUUCCUUCCUGCCAACAGCCAUUGUAAUAUAGAACAACUCUUUGAUGACUUGAUUAUUAUUAUUAUUCUGAGUUACUACAGCAAUCAAUUUCCCUCUGGGAUUAAUAAAGUAUUUUUGAAUUGAAUUGAAUUGAAUUGUGAAGCACAGGAACUGCCUGUGACCAGGAUGAUUCCCCAUAUUAAGGUAUGCUUUUGUGACCAUAGCAAACCGAUCCUCAGCGCUAUUGUCGUUUAGCGGCUGCUUGAGCGUUAGCAUUUCGAAUCUGUACAUGCGCAAAUACUUGUUGAACAUACAGAGAUCCAGAAUGGGACGAAGCCCUCCCCCUUUUUUUGGGACAACAAAGUAACAGCUGUACCAUCCUUUGUUUCCUCAAUGGGGACUGUUCGAGCAGCUCCUUUUUGUUAAUAGUGUUUGAAUUUCCUCUCAACACUACCGCUGUGUCAGCAUUCACCACCGUUUGCACAAUGGCGGUGAACACGGGUGGUCUGACCUGAAACUGUAAACGGUAACCUAUGUGUAACCGGGUCACCUUAGUUCCCGGAAGUAAUUCUGGUCCGACGUGCAGCGCCGCCGAGCCAGGUGCUUCAUUACGAGGCCGUUCUAAUUAGAGGGAUUGGGCUGUAGCUGCAGAAAGCCGAAUUCCUCUCUUUGGGUGCAGACGUGUGUACAGACAGUGGUGAGGGACCUGGGGCCUCAUUUAUCAAACAUUGCGUAGAAUCCUUACUGAAACCGUACUUAAGCUCAGCAAAAACAACGUCCUCACACCAAGUAGGUUUGUGAUCUAUAAAACAUGGAGUACGCACAGCUGCACGCAAUCCACGCUUUAUAAAUCACUCUACCUAGAAAUGUGCUCGGGUGUUUUUUGAUCACAUCCCGCCCUCACCACGCCCACUUUCUGCCUUAAAUGGUCAAUGCAAAAGUGGAUCUAUCUCAUGCACAUACAUAAGCCGGCUCUUUGCAGCGCUCCACCAUUAACGAUGGCGACCACAGAUCAAGGAAGCGCAAUUUCACCGAAGCAGAAAUUGAGGUACCUGUGGGUGAGGUGGAGGAACGAAAGGAAGUGUUUUUGCAAAAAAAAAAAGAGAGAAAAUCCACAGAGUGGCACAGCGUUGCUGAAGCCAUCAAUGCUGAGUUCUUCAGAGAGAUCUGUGUCGGAUGCAAAAAAAUAGUCAGAUUUGAAGGUGGAGGCAAAAAAAAGUUGUUUUGCCACCGCCAGCAUGUGUGGCAUCUCUGACCCCCACCACUCGCCAUUAUGAUCUCAGCAGUGCUCGGACCGGCAAGCAUGUGUGGCACUGUGCCGGGGAAUGAGAGAGACACUGACCAUGCAGAGGAGACUGGUAAUGUUUAAGAAAUUUAUUAAUGCAGAUCAAAUGUGUCCGUCAUUAAAAUAUAAAACAAGACCAAAUCUCGUAGUUUCCCCCCAGUGACUCUUGUUCUGUGUGCGCAUGAUACAGUAUAAGUGAUAACGCUGCUGGAUUUCAUAAUGUUAUCCUUCUCAGCAGCAGCACUGCAGGUGCUCUCCAUGUCCAACAUGUGCGUAAGCCAGGUCCUUAGUCAACUUAAAGUUGCGCACAUUUUUCCGCUAAGUUUUAUUUCAUAAAUCCCAAAGUUUGCGUGGAAAGUUGCUUUCGCAGUUUUCCAACCCCGUUUUGUGUGUAAGCAAGCUUGAUGAAUGAGUCCCCUGGCUUUGCUUUAUUUCAGUGAACCUCAUAUUUGGUUUUGUUUAUAAAAUUAUUGUUAACUUAUGAGCAAGCCUCUGCUAUUGUUUAAGUUUCUCUACCUACGAUUUAGGAUCAAAGCAUCCUCCCCUCUAGGUCACAUAUGGCAACUGUGCAUUCGACCCAAGUAGACACAGCGCAUGUACGCCAGAGAGGAAUAUUCGCUGCAAGAUGGCUGCUCAAUGCUGUCAUGGUGGAGCCGCUGCCUUCUAGCGGAGUGGGAGGACACGGCACCGUGCUUAUGACAUGCCCUCUGGCCAUCGUGCCUGCAAACAGUUAUCUGCUUUAUCCCAGCAGAGCGGGAGACAACAGCCUCCCUUUGUCUCUUUCAAAGCUGUUUGCAGACAGGUAUUGUGUUGAAAAUUGAGCUGUCUAUCACUGGCAGAGCGGGCCGACACAACUUUAUUUGAACAAUAGGGAGCCUAAGUCACUUCCGCAGGACGGGUCCCCGGAAGAACGAAAAAAUGAAUGCAAGUCAACGGGGCUAAAAGCACUAUUUUCUAACCCGCUUUGCCUUACGCCCUGGAUCACACGUGUUGUACUGCUAUUUAAAUGAAUAGUAAAGACGGGUGUUUCGACCACACCAGUCACGUACUUAAAGAUUUAUCAGCUUGUAAAAGUUUAUAAUUAGCAUGACUACAAACUAGAAAUCAGCACGUUGCAUAUGCGACGUCACCACAUAAGCUCCUCCCCCCUAGCGUAGCUGCUACUUACCAAAUGACCAGAUUUAUGGUGGUUCUUUCCUGCUGUGGGACGUUUGCUGAACUUACAGCCCUUUUCCCUCAGUUUUCUUCGUGUCUGGUUCGAUGACGUCACUUUUGUGAAGCACAUUUGCAGUCCUGGACUUAUUUUCACAUAAAAUCUAAAAUAGCGUUUCCCCCUGUUCGAAAAUAAGCGCAUUCUUGGUAUCAAAAUGCGUAUUUAAAAUUCACGGACAUCAUAUGUGAAAUCCAUGGCACAAAACAAGUGGAAUUAGAAAAUAGCAUUUUUAGCUCCAUUGACUUGCAUUCAUUUUUUUUCGUUCUUCCGAGGACCCAUGAAGUGAAUUAGGCUCCCUACUCGAUACGUAGUGGCUAGACCAGGGGUGGGCAACCCGCGGCUCUGGA